AUGAGCACCUUUUUCGACGAAAUGAAGACUUCUUUUGAAGCAGUCCCUGUUGAUAGCUCCAAUAAAAUAGCUACGUGUGAGUUUUUAGAAGCGUCCGGAUCGUUGGUGAAGCUGUUUGAUCUCUUGGGAAACUCGGCGUUCACGGUGGUGCAAAAGGAUCUAACCGGCAAUAUCACCAAAAUACGCAAGAGAUACACUACGGCACCAUCAGAAUCGUCCACAUUGCAAGAUUUAGUCACGAACGAGCGUGGCUCAGGCCACAAGAGUGCUUCCGAGGGCCUGCUAUGGCUAACCAGAGGCUUGCAAUUCACCGCGCAGGCGCUACGUGAAACUGUUGAACAUCCAGACCUGGAACUGACCAAGACAUUCACCGACGCUUACAAUAAAACUUUGACCAAAUACCACGGAAUGCUCAUUAGACCUGUUUUCAAGCUUGCCAUGAAGGCAUGCCCUUACAGAAAAGACUUCUUUGCCAAGCUGGGCGCAGAUCAGGUCAAAGUUAAUACUCAGUUGAAGCUCUGGUUAGAGGCUUUGGAACAUAUCGUGCAGAUUCUUUUGAAUUUCUUGGCCGUCGCUUGCAAAGAUUUAUAG